UCAGGUCACCUUGCGAAAGAUUGUCCGAAACCUCGAACUCAGGGCGGGCCCGCUGGGCCUUCCCAAAUCCCGCUGGCUGCUCCAACCGCUGCAGGACAGGGGAGGGUGGCCACGGUGAUGGAUACCGGGGCAACGGAAAUGGUGACCCCUGUGGCCACCGAGAUAGGGCCCGAUGAAUACAUGGCUACGGCGAUGUUCAAACCCGGGACCAUCGGAGUGAUACGUCACGUCCAACGGAUUACCGAGGAAAGCGACCUCGGGCCGUGGCGACCAGGGUUCGAAGACCUUGCGGCACCUGGUCGUGAAUACAAGGAUGGCCAUAUCGACGUAUUCGAUGCCUUGAAGGCUCUGGAUCUUCGGAUCCCCGUCCCUAUUCCCUAUCUGCUAACCAUUUUCGAAGCGGCUAACGAAAAGUUGAUCGAACGAUGCCUCAAAAACAGGCGCCGAUUCGAGGAAAGUCGAAAGGGCAAAAAGUCGGUCCUACGGGACCUACCCACAAACGAGGAGUCGCAGCCCUCGACCUCAAAGGUGCACGAAGCCGACCGGAUAGGAAUGAUCCAGACCGUAGACUCUGCCUCGGGAAAACCCGAGGCGUUGAAGGAGGCUCUGACAUCUGCUCCUGUGUUGGCGCGUCCCGACCCGACAAGACCGUUCGCACUGUACACCGACUGGCAGCCUCAGGCGAUAUCGGCGGUGCUGACUCAGCACGGGGCGGACGGAAGGGAACACGUCAUUGAGUAUGCGUCCAAGACGCUGAGCCAGGCGCAGGCUAAUUACGAAGCGUGCAAAGGCGAAUGCCUGGCGGUGGUGUGGGGAAUCCAACAUUUCCGACCAUAUCUUUACGGCCAGAAAUUCGUGCUGGUAACGGAUCACCAGCCGCUGCUGUCCCUACGCAACAACACGGACUACACGGGGACGUUGGGCAGGUGGGCAUUGCGUCUGCAAGACUAUGACUUCGACAUCCGCCACCGUGCCACGUGGCAGCAUGGUAACGCUGAUGGAUUAACGCGCCUCCUGCCGCCCAACAAGUGUCCCGCCAACGAGCGACUCAUUCCAGUCUGGACGGACCUUCUGUUGCUACGGAGGCUGCCAGGCGACUCGCUGUCAGAACUUACCAAAGCCAAGCGGCGGAGAGUCACGGAGCGGGCACAGGACUAUCACUGGCAGGGACCGACGUUACAAAAACGAAAAGUCGAUGAUGAAGGAGGGUCUAGCUGGUUGACGGUUCCGCACCCUUUCGCUAGGUUCGAUUGGACACGAGCCGCUCAUGAAGAGGAUGCAAUCCAUUUCGCGGUCAAGUACACGGAAAAAGCCAUCGAAAAGAACGGAUGGUACUGGUCGGGAAUUCGGGAAGAUGUGAAAUACACCGUUCAGAAUUGCCCGGCCUGCGCGGCGGACAAGGCGUCGGUACAGAUGCCUCGAACGAUGGUGCCCACUCGUGUAGAGCGCCCCUUUCAGAGGGUUAGCAUCGACACGACGGAUAUCAACGUUCCGAGAGGUCCCGUCGAUCAGGGAGAGCUCAAUGUUCUUUUAGUGGCCGUCGAUUAUUUUUCGAAAUGGAUAGAGGCGUACCCUAUGACCAGCCGGAAUUCGCAGGAAGUAACUUGGAUGAACCAUCACCAGCCGGAGCAUGAACCCCUCGAGCAUUUCCAGACGCCGCUUGCAGAUCGCUUGUUGCGGCAUCGGUUCAAUGAGGAAAGGAAGUUGCGGUACGACAUUCAGCAGGUGAACGUGCCAGCGCCCGGGGUUGUUGAUUUGGCGGCGUACUCGUUGCUUUGCAAUCGGCUGACGUAUGCGGGGGUGUACGUGGAUGUGACGCAGUUGCCUGGCCGGGAGACGACUCGAGUAUUCAUUGAGUUCCGCGUGCUCCAGGUGGCACCCAACUUCGUGCACAGCGUCGCCGCCUUUAUCGGAGACUUUACGAUCCUACCGCAGCCGAAUCGGGAGCCGGCGCGAAGCUUUGUGCGCGAAUACGCGGUGGAAGCGGCCAGAUCAGUGGCCAGAUUGCAAGGACGGGGGGGACACCGAUUCACAGCUCACGAAGUGCUGCUGCGCAGGGCAGAGGACGGACCAAUUGCGUUGGUGCCACAACUCCCCGCGCUUCUUCCUCCCGCUGCUCCUCUCAACUUCCAAGCUAUUCCCCGUCUCACGAAGGGCCCUUAUCCCAUGCGCGAGUUCUCGGAGUAUUUGGUGGAGCUCACUAACGUGGAGCCGCUGCCCUUCGCCGACGAAGACGCGUGGGAGUUGCACCGUGCGCUGUACAAGUCGGUGGCGCUGGGGAUGUUCCGGUUCUUCGUGGAUCACGAAGACCACUACAUCAGGGAACACUUCAUCGUCUACUACGUCAUCACAGGGCCCAAGCCAGCGGAGAAGGAAGGGACAGUGGCGCUGUACCCAUUCGCCCAGCUCCAGACGAUCGAUCCGAGAUUGUUGGAGCUCAUACAUCUUGAGCUCCUCUCCAUUGCGCAAGUGAUCGCGAGCGAGGAGGAGGAGAUCCAACCACGAUUGCGGACGGCGACGGCCCCGCGGAGAACGUACAACGCGGUCGUCAUCCCGGAUUACAUUGCGCAGCGCGCGGAGAGGUUGGAGGACUUCCCGGAGGAAAAGUCAUUGCAGCCUCCCUCGUCGUAUCCUCGACCGGCGCCAGCGAAGGCCCCCAAGAAGACGCCGAAGAGGAGGAGACGUCACCCGUCGCCAGGAGCGCAAGGCAGCAGGAUUGGCGGCGGCGAGGAGGUGAUUCAGCCCGCGCGUACGCGGAAUCCUGACCCCGUGCCUGGGAGUGCGGCGAUGCUCGUUAAGGGCACUGUCGUGCCAUCGCCGCCCUUUCCGCGUGUGCCCGAUCUCAAUCUUGAUGGAGCCGGGCCAUCAGCAGCAGCAGCAGCCGGAGGAGGAAGCCGAAUGGGAUUUCUGGAUCCCAUAUCCAGACCCCCCGUCCUCGCGGGACCUCUCCAGGUGGACUUCAUGGUGGAGCCCGCCACCAUCAGGCUCGAGGCCAUCGCGGGGGCGCCACGCCCUGAUUCGGCAUGGGAGCCAUAUCUGACACCCCCUUUUCAAGGGUGUAUUGCGGCGCGAUUGGCUGGGACGCUCAUCUACGAGACCGGGCAGCGUCCCAAUGCGAUGUACCACUUCCUUGUCUUCGCGGUGCAGAAGCGGGAGCGGCGACCCUACACCGAGACUCAUGUGGUGAUGACGGGUCCAGGGCCCCGAUCGGUGCGCAAGCGGGUGGUGCGAGCGGUGGCGGAUCUGGCGCCACGUGUCCUGUCUCAUGUGCCGGGGGCUUUCCUCUAUCCCUCGUUCGUGCAGCACCACUUCCAGGAGGAAGAUGUGCCGACGACUCCCACGGCGAUGGCCGCUUUUCUUCCGCCUAUUCCGCCCCCUCUAAAUCCCGACAUAGAUCACUUCCUCUGAUCACCCCCGUCUACCUCUCCCCUGUUCUCUCCUUCUCCUUCUCUUUAUCGUCUUCUUCUCCUAUCUCCAAAGUUCGCGCGUCGAGACGC